AUCUUUUUAAUAAAAUAUUUAUGCAAAUAUAAGUUAGAUGAGUUUAUCAAAUUUUCGACGAAUAUUUUCUGGAAUUCAACCAACUGGUGUCCCACAUCUUGGAAAUUAUCUUGGUGCAAUCCGUCACUGGGUUGAACUUCAAUCUGAAAAUAAAAAUAAUAAGGAUAUGGUUAUGUUUUGUAUUAUGGACCUACAUUCAUACACUCGUGUCCAGGACUCUAAUGAAAUGAAAGACAAUAUAUUUAACAUGCUUGCUUCUCUUUUGGCUUGUGGUAUAAAUCCAAGUCAAAGCUUAAUCUUUCAGCAGUCUCAGGUUUCUUAUCACACAGAGCUCUCUUGGUUUCUUGGUUGUUUAACUCCUGUGGGAAGGCUUACUAGGAUGCACCAAUGGAAGACAAAAAGCAAGGAAACAAAAAAUGACACAAACUUGGGAAUUCUUUCUUACCCAGCAUUGAUGGCAGCUGAUAUUCUUUUAUACAAAUCGACACAUGUUCCGGUCGGAGAUGAUCAAGUUCAGCAUAUGGAGUUAACACGCGAUGUUGCUACUUUGUUUAAUAAGACGUAUACCUAUACCUUUCCCGUUCCAGAAACAUUAUUGACAUCUACUCCAAGAAUUUCCAGCCUACGAGAUCCGACCCAGAAGAUGAGUAAAUCAGAUAUUAAUGAAAACUCGCGAAUUAAUUUAAACGAUUCACCUGACACGAUUACAAAUAAGAUUAGAAAAGCAGUAACUGACUCAGAACCUUAUAUUAGCGAUUGUUUAGAUAAGAGACAUGGUGUUCGAAACCUUAUUGAAAUACUAAGUAGUUUGAGCAGAACUUCAAACGAAAACAUAAUAAACAAGUAUCGUAACACUAAGUACUUCACUGCUCAGUUAAAAAAAGAUGUUACGGACAUUUUGAUUAGUAGUUUAAAUAAUGUAAGAACAGAGUUUAAUGUACUUUCUCAAGAUAAAAAUUAUCUUGAAAAAGUUCUUGUAGAUGGAUCCUUUAAAGCAAAUGAACUUGCCGCGGUGACUAUGAAAGAGGUCUUUCAGAAAAUUGGUGUACGUAGGUAAUGUUUUUGUGGAUGGAAUUACAAAAGAAAGUAAAUAUCGCAUUUUUGUUGUUGUUGUUACAUUUGCAACAAAAAAUGUAACUUCAUUUUUUUAGAUUUCCUUUUAUAAAACUUUAGUAAAAUUAUUUGUUAAACAGUUAAGCUAUCCUAACGUGAACACAACCUGUAUCGCAUUUUAUACGCAAUUUAUGGCUGUUAUUGUUCA